AUGGGUAUUGCUGAAGCAGAAGAUAGAAGUUUCUUCCUUGGCUUGCCAAAUACAAUGGGGUGUAACAAACAAGUUAUUCUGGGUUAUAUUAAGGAGCGAAUUCAAAAAAGAGUUCUUAGGUGGGAAGGGUGGCUUCUGUCUAAAGCAGGGAAGGAAAUUUUACUAAAGACAGUGGUGCAGGCUCUACCAAAUUAUGCAAUGAGUGUUUUCUUACUGCCUUUAGACAUGUGUAAAGAUAUGGAGAGAAUGAUGAGUAAGUAUUGGUGGAAGUUGUCAUCUACUCAAAGUAGUGGGAUAAGCUGGAUGGGUUGGCAUAGAAUGUGCAAGCACAAGUCAAGAAGCGGUAUGGGAUUUCGAAAUCUUAGGGAUUUUAACAUAGCUUUGCUUGGCAAACAAGGUUGGCGACUUCUAGAUGGAGAAGAGUCUUUAGUUUCAAGGAUCUUUAAAGCUCAUUACUAUCCUAAGGGAUUUUUUCUAGAUGCUGAAUUGGGCUCUAAUCCUAGUUUCAUUUGGCAAAGUGUUUGGGAAGAUCAAAUCUCAGUGAAGGCAGAAGCUAGAAGAAGUAUAGGGACCAUGGCAGAAGUGAAUAUUAUGCAGGAUCAUUGGCUUCCUGAUGAGGAGAAUCCUUAUAUGAUCUUGUAA